UGGCGAAAGUAAACUCACAAGAGCCACACAUUUAGACGGUGUCAAACUCAUUCAUUACCGUUGCCGGGGUGACAGCGUCCAGAUACGUGCCGUAGCCUGGCAACCGUGGCUAAACAAAAGACUGGCUGCUUCGCGCACUGAUUUGCCUGGUUGGGCUCAUGAUGAGUCGACCCGACGGCAGCUUCGACGAGAAAAGGCUGAACCAAAAUGGGGACCCAGGAGGUCAUCAGUCUGUGUCGACCAGCGCUCACAACGCAGCGGUGGGUCCCGAAACAAGGCUGCUGUCCGCCUUCAGAAAAGACACACACCACAGGAAGGUUUGCCUGGCGGGUAGAGAGUAUUACAGCAAGGAAGGGAAGACCUUUGAACUGCGCCUUGUUGGAAAAAUCAAGCAGCAGCUAAGCGCUGAUCCCACUCUCCGUCCAGAGUAUGCACCUUCUCUUGGUUUGAUAGAUUUCACCCGGCGCGCCACAGAAGCUGCUUUGGGGAAGAGCUCUUGUGCUAUAGUGGAGAAUCGGGUGUUAGGUGUCCAAACUCCUGGGUUCACCGCUGCUGUGCGACUUGGGGCUGAACUCUUGAAACACUGGCAUGAUGUCAGUGCUGCUUGGUGUGGGCCAGUCUACCUUUCUACCCCUUGCGAUGACUCACUGGCUGGUAUCUUCCAGGCUGCAGGGAUCCAAGAUAUCCGUGAGUAUUAUUUCUGGGAUGACAGGCAGCGGGGCGUUUGUUUGGAGAAGCUUCUUGAGGAUCUGGAGAGAGCUCCGCAACAAAGCGUUGUUGUUCUGUCAGUGUCAGGCCACUACCCGACUGGCGCAGACCUCUCUCAGAAUCAGUGGGCUGUGAUUACACAACUCAUCAUGAGGCGUAGGCUUUUCCCUUUCCUCCUGCUGCCUGUUCAGGCACUCUGCUACGGAGAGUUAGAGCGGGAUGCCUGGCCUGUACAGUACUGUGCAUCGCAGGGGAUGGAGCUCCUCUGUGCUCAGUCGUUCUCCCACUGCUUUGGACUUUACGGUGAGGCUGUCGGACACCUCCUCUGCGUCUUAAAGCAGAGCUCCCUUCGGUUAUCUUUGCAGUCGCGAGCUGAAAGAAUUGUCCAGUCUCUGUGGGCACAGCCAUCUGUAGGAGGAGCACAAGUUGUUGCGACAGUGCUCAGUAACCCGGCCCAUCGUGUUGAAUGGCAGCUGGAAGUAAUGCACAUGGUGGAGAGAUGUAUGCUAAUCAGACACAUUUUGAGAGAAAGGCUGAGGCUUUUGGGAACUCCAGGUAGCUGGGAGCACCUGACUCAGCAACGUGGACUCUACUGUUGUGCAGGCUUGAAUGGUCAGCAGGUAGAAUUUCUGUCCAAUAGGAGACAUGUGUACCUGCUCCCCGGUGGCUGUCUAAACAUCAGUGCAAUCAACGGUCACAACUUGGACUAUGUAACUGAGUCCAUCCAUCUGGUCCUGACCACUUUGCUCUGACCAUGUGGCUUUUGAUCGAGAUCUGAAAUCAGUGACAGAGGGGCCUUUCAGCCAGAUGGAUCGUUUGAUAUGUGGCUUUUAAAAUACUCCUGUUCAGGGUCAAUGUAAGUGAAGGUCUAGCUAUUGUGAAUUUGUAGUGAAAAAAUUCUGUUUGAAAUGCUUGCAGACCUUACUUAACAGGCAUCCAAUUAAAAGUGAGUGUUCAGGCUGUUAUGACCCUUCAGGGGAGAAGACUUUAGAAUGUGGAUGAGCGUUUACAUCACUGUGAUGUUACAGCUGGUAAAGGCAGAGCUAACUUUAAUCUUUAAUUACUUUAAAUACAACUGAGUAAUGUUUGAAUAUACCCCUGGGGAUCAGAAAGUCUUCUCUUAGCCAACAAUGAUACAUCAUAAUUUAUUUGUUUAUUAUAUUUUCUAUUAUUGAUCUGAAUCUGCAAAUUAACGAAGUUAAACGUCUAAAGGAUCAACAAAUGUGUGUCUGAACUGUAGAAGUAUAAGGUAGAUGAAAAUGUGAACUUUGUUCUUUUUCUGUUCUUUCUUUCUGUGAACUUUCUACCACUGGAUAUAUUAGGUUAAACAAUGUGACAGCAGUGGAGCGCUCCUUUGUUUAAAACGCGUUCUUUCAUAUGCCUUUGUCUGCAGUAAAACAAUGUCAGUCACUCAAACACUUACAGACUUAAGUGUGCUUUAAUAUAGUCACACUCUUUAUAUUGUUUGGUGUUUAAUUCAGUAGUCUUCCUGAACUGGUAGAAUCUCUUGGAAGUCUAAAGGCAGCAGCUUGUCAGCUUAGCUCAGCUAAAGAAAACUUUGUCCAAAAGUAACAAAAUCGUGCCUACCAAUUAUAUAUUCUGUACUGUGUAAGGAUGACAUGAUUUGUAAUGAACAGACUUACGAUCUGAUAUAAGGUGAAUUAAGAGCUUCUCAGUCGACCAAGGCAAACCUUUAGAGAGGAAAGCCUUCGACAAUCAGAUAUAAAUCUCUGUUGAAGCCACCUGCUGUGAUCCCAGCAGAUCUCAGCUGCAUUCAUGAAUCAGCUGGAUUGCUGAAUAAACAUCCUUGACUUUGAA